CAGUUUUACGAAAUCAAAGCUUUUAACUAAUGUAUAAGCUGCAUUAUAAAGGAUGUCAAAUGGUAUACGUGAUUUUAUCUUUUAAUACUGAUAGUUUGGCAAGUUUAUAAAACAACUGGUAGUAUAGUUAAUGUACGUCAAUCCAAGGCUUCGUGUGUAGCUGUCAAAGUUUCCAUGUUAAUGAAUACAUUUAAAGUACUGGUAAUUGAUAAACAACAACGUAUUUGAGAUUUUAUCAUGUUUGUGAUUGCAUUGAUCAUAUCUACCAUCAGUGUUAUAGCAUCUGACAAUAAUACAAGGCUUCGUGUGUAGCUGUCAAAGUUUCCAUGUUAAUGAAUACAUUUAAAGUACUGGUAAUUGAUCAACGACAAAGUAUUUGAGAUUUAAUCAUGUUUGUGAUUGCAUUGAUCAUAUCUACCAUCAGUGUUAAAGCAUCUGACAAUAAUACAAGGUUUCAUGUGUAGCUGUCAAAGUUUCCAUGUUAAUGAAUACAUUUAAAGUGCUGGUAAUUGAUCAACAACAAAGUAUUUGAGAUUUUAUCAUGUUUGCGAUUGCAUUAAUCAUAUCAACCAUCAGUGUGAUAGCAUCUGACAAUAAUACAAGAGAAAAUGUUCUCAGAACCUUAUUUGAUGGCUAUGACCCAAAAUUAACACCAGCAUUUUUUCAAGAUGGUCCGGUUAACGAUGAAGUACAGAUAUAUAUAUCUAGCAUCGCAUCAAUCAGUGAAUCUACAAUGGAUUAUUCAAUGACGAUGUUUCUGCGACAAAGAUGGAUAGACACACGACUGAAGUAUGACCCUAUUCCUGGAGUUAGCUCUCUUGAGCUAGAUACAAAAGCUUUGGCCGAUGUAUGGAUUCCUGAUCUGUUCAUCGUGAACGAAAAGAAAGCUAAUUUUCAUGAUGUUACAACUCCAAAUAAACUGAUGCAUAUUUAUAGUAACGGGAAAAUCUUUUAUAGUUUAAGAUUAUCAGGAACAUUUUCUUGUAAGAUGAACCUUCUUAAAUAUCCGAUGGAUUAUCAAGUAUGUCUCUUCGUUAUGGAGAGUUACGGUCAGAGCACAGAAUUGCUUGAAAUAGUAUGGAAUGCAGUACCAGUACAACGACAGGAAAAUUUGACAUUACCGGAAUUUUUGCUUGGUGAUAUUGAAACAUUUCAGUGUGAUAAAGCAUAUGUCGGCAUUACGUAUACAUGCAUAGGGAUGAACAUCCAUUUAAGUCGUAGCUAUGGUUACCAUCUUAUUCAGAUUUAUAUACCGAGUGCUCUCAUUGUUUGUCUAUCAUGGGUGUCAUUCUGGCUUAACAUUGACGCAACACCAGCUAGAAUAUCACUUGGCCUAUUGACUGUCCUCACCAUGACAACACAAAGUUCCGGUGCACGUGCAAACUUGCCAAAAGUUUCUUAUAUAAAAGCAAUUGACGUUUGGAUGGCUAUGUGUUUGUUUUUUGUGUUCGCAGCCUUGAUUGAAUUUGCAUGGGUUAAUGUCCUUGCAAGAGUGCAACAAAGACGACAAACUACAUACUUACACGAGAUACAAAAUGGUACUCCAAAACGGCGUUCGCGGUCAUCUUCUACACACACAGAUUGUUCUGAUACGAAUAAAGAAACUUGUUGUUUUUGUUUUGAGACAUCAACAGACCGUGACAAAGCUCGACUGGUUGAUAAAGGAGCCCGAAUCUUGUUCCCUUUAGCAUUCGUUGCCUUUAAUCUAGCCUACUGGUGUAUAUAUCUGUUAUGGGAACCAGUGGACUCAAAAGUAUGACAGAUUUAUAUUGACAUUUUUUUCAAAAUCUCAUUUGAUGGUACAUAUAAUUGGUAAUUUCAUAGCUAAUGUUUGUACACACUUGUUAUUUUUUGUAAAGUUUUAAGAAAGCUUUCCAUGAUCACUGCUGCGCUAAUAUAUUCUAGGUAAAUAUGAAUAGAUGGUACUUCCGAACCCAUGCUUUGGAAUUGACUUAUUUUGUUUGUUAGUACAAUAUAUUACUUUACAAGCACCACGAUACUUCCAUAAAUAACUUACAAUCUUAUAAAUCUUAAAACUUAUAACUCACCAAGAGACUUUUCAAGUUUGAAUACAAAUAUAGUUAUGCGUUAAAUUAUUAAAAUCUUGUUCAAUUAUACAUGUUAAAAUAACUUCAGAUUUGGCAGUACACUUUAUGUUAAAUUUGUACUAUAAAUAAACUCACAGUUACUUCACUGUAAACAUAGCUGAAUAACUCACUCAAGAACCUAAGAUCGUUUGUAUAAGACUAAAUUAUUCAGAAACAAGUUUGUGCUGAUUUAACAUAACAGAUACUUUUAAUAUAUUACUACAUGUUCAUAUUUUUUGCAACAAACAUCAUUUUAGGACGAAUCCUAACUAAAGCUGUAACAAAAUUGUAUACGUUGAGACAUAAUACACAAACAUGUUAUGAAUUAAGACGAAAUUUUACAAGUGUGAGUUGUCUAACUUGAACCAUGAAAACAUCACCUUGAUGGUAUUUGUCUCAAAAAAGUUAUUUCGAAUACCUUUAUAAAUGCAUGUAUGUGACAUUCGUAAAAGGAUUUAGAAAUCCUCUACUGUGACACAAGUGAGUUUUCCUUUUUAACGAAACUAAUAUUAAAUAUAUUAAGGAAGCAUUUUCAAUCAAUUUCAAGGUCAGAAUACCACAUAGACAUAAUGAUAAAAUCAUGGGAAAAAGUUGUAGGCCCUUUACUUUAACAGCUCCUGUAUUUGAUAUUUAUUUGUUAACUUCCGGAUGAUUUAAGGUCAGGACACAAAAAGGUCAAAAGACAGCAUUAUGCAGGGGAAAAAAGCAAGAAGUUUUUAGCUUAAUUUUCAUCUUAAAUCCAAACUUGAAAAAAAUUGUCGUUUGUGAAGACAAAUAGAUCCUAUUUUCACAAUUAAGUUUAUAUGUCAAAUGGAUGGGUUUUCAAAAUCAAACAUUAUACUUGUGCGGAAUUGCAAAUCAAUGCUAUGCAAUGUGGUGCUCUAAUCGAAAUCAAAGUUAUGAAUUACAAUCAGAACGUACGCAUAUUUAAAAAAAAAAUUAUAAUUGACAAUGUCUGAAAUGUAAACAGAAUAAUUGAAAAAGUAUACACAUAAUACGAUUCAUUGUGACUUGCCAAAACGUUGUUGUAAUGUGAUGUAUAUUAUUUUUUAUUUAAAAUUAAAAUGCAACGUUUGA